AGAUGGAGGGUUCGAAGGAGGGAUAGACAAGACAUUACCUCUGUAAUGUCAGCGAAAGCCAAGGUGCUGCUGUGGGUGCUCUUCUCUCUGCUGCCUCUAGUGGGAGGAGCUCAUAUGAAGGCCGGUGGGGGGGUGGCAGGUGUGGGAGCGGACUCGGGCCACGGCGUGGGCCUGGUAGGAGGCCAGGAGGAGCGGGAGCUUCCGGUGACGCUGCCAGAGGUGGUGGAGGAUGAGGAGCAGGAGGACGACGGUGACCCUUACUCUACUUGGCAUGCUCUUUAUGACCCCUUUGUGAUGGAUGAGAUAGACGACCAUCCCAACAGACGCUGGGUGGGACGCUCUCCACGCUCCUCUGACCCGUCAGACCCUCAACCCAAGGGAUCAGCAAAGAAAAAGAAAAAGAGGAAGAAGAAAGAAAAGGAGGAAGAAGAAGAGGCAGGAAACGGAGACAGAAAGGGUAAAGGUAAAAACAGACAGCCCAAGCAGAGCAGCAGGGAUUGCCGUGUGGAGAAAAGAGAGAUGAGGGUGCGGGACCUGGGCCUGGGCUUCGACUCAGAUGAGAUAGUCCUCUUUAAGUUUUGCGUGGGCUCCUGCCAGUCCUCCAGGACAAACUAUGACCUGGCACUCAAGGCGCUGCUGGAGAACGGGUCUCUGCCUCGACGCACCGCCCGUAAGGUCAGCGGCCACCCCUGCUGCCGUCCUGACCGGUACGAGCCGGUUUCCUUCAUGGACGCUCAGACCACAUGGAGGACCAUCCAGUCGUUAUCUGCCGCCAGCUGCAUGUGCAUGGGCUGAAACGUGAAAGGAGGAGGAGGAUAAGCAAGGUGGAUUCAGCCAUCUGGAACAGGCCGGAGAGAAGACGCUCAGUGUGGACGCUGUGUGAGGAGACACACACCGAGGAAGGACCAACUGGACGAGAGGUGGAGGUGGAGGCCGUUACUGACAUCCUGUGGAGGGUUCUCUGAGAUGUUCUCCUUAAAGGGAGAUUCCAGUCUUUAGAUCAAUACAUGUGGUAGCUAUGGGGUGUUUGAGGGGAGCCCUAUGUGAGAAGAACAUCCCAUCACCGUCUCUGUGAUGGUC